UCACCUUCCGUGACACUGGGUGGCGCCAUAACCGAGCAGUGUUUGCGGAAGUGUUCUUCAUCACCCCACCAACAACGAGUAAACAGAUCCACAGGAUGCCGCGAGGCGCUGAGUUUUAGUCCUUCAAUGUGAAACGAUAUGACUGUUUAGCCGCGAUAAGGAAGCUCACCGUGAAUAAUUUGUACACACACAAGGAUUGGGACACGGGUUAGCAAACGGAGCAGGCUGAGAGGCUUCUGAGUGCAAAGAUGCCUGUGCUGCGUUAAGCUAGCAUGCUAAGCUAAGUGCUAGCCUUCACCAGCAAACUCGUCCGGACAUGGCAGCGGGAGCCGGAGCCGCUACCAGCGGCUCUCUGGAGUCCACUUUGGACAGAAAGUUACAAAAUGUGACCAACACCAUGGACUCGAUUCAAGGACUGUCAGCGUGGUGCAUCGACAACAAGAAGUACCACAGUGUGAUUGUGCGACACUGGAUCAAGUGCUUGAAGAAAUCUGACGCCUCACAUAGGCUCAACCUGCUAUACCUCGCCAAUGACGUCAUCCAGAACUGUAAAAGGAAAAAUGCCAUCGUUUACCGAACGGCAUUCGCCGAGGUGCUUCUAGACGCCUUCCAGCUGGUUAACUGUGAAGGUGACUCCAAGGUGAUAAAAUCAGCAGAGAGGAUACUGUCCAUCUGGGAGGAGAGAGGUGUGUAUUCGGGGACUCUCAUUGCCGACCUUAAGAACGCCCUGAUCAAAGAGGAGUCCCCUUCUGUCACUCCUGUGGAGCAAAAAACUCCAGCCGAGUCUAAAGCUGAUCUACGAUCCAAGGUCGUUGCUGAAUUUGUGCCGCAGGCACUCAUAGACCAGCUGGCCAAGUACAAGAGAUCUGUGGAGGAGGUCGACCUCAGAGAGAAACAGCUGGCAGCUAUGAGGGUUGACAUCUUCAGUUCUGAUGCCCUCAAGAAACUCAAAGAUAAGGCAGGAGGAAAGAAGUUCUCCAAGGACUUUGAGGAAGGAAGCGCACAGCUACAGGAGUUCGUGAAGUUCUUUGAUAAACAAAACAAAAUCCUACCUCAACUCAUGGAGGCACUCACCAACGCAGAUAUCUUCUAUGAGAUGCAGUACAAGGAAGUGAAGAUUGUAGCUAACGCCUACCAAACAUUUGCUAACCGGGUGUCCCACCUCAAGCGUAAGCUGGACACCUUGAAGUCCACUUUGCCCGACCUGGACGAGUCACCCAUCCCCUCUCCCUCGGCAGACGCUCCAUCUCCAACAGGCUCAGAGUCUCCUUUCCACGGUCUGGAAAUGACCCACCCCGAUCCAGACCUCGAUGGUUCUGCAAUGGACGAUGAUGCAGAGCCCCCAGCCCCGAGCCCUCUGUCCUCCCCUGGGGGGUCUCCCAGAGACACAGAGGCUCUCGGUGAGAAUGACAAUCGCGAGGUGGAGGACAUGGAGCUGUCUGAGGACGAAAUGGAGAGUGGGGGCAUCAUAGUUGAAGAGCGGACAGAACCCGUUCUCCACUCAGAGGUGCCCACACCGAUGCCUGCAAAAAGCGUGCCAUUAGUAGCGACAGAGCAGCCCACCGUCGCACAGAUCGCACCUCCCAUUGCCGCUCCAGCGGCCGCUCUGGAAAGUGUGGACAUGAAUAAAAUUGGCUCCAUCCUCAACAGCUUAAGCUCAGUCGUGAAGAACACAGCGCCGUUAGUGGAGACUCCUCCUGCAGCUGCCCCCGCUGUCUCCUCAGUUAAGAGCACGCCUGCUCUUCCUGUGGCAGCACAGGACCCCAGUUCACUGGUUAGUAUCCUCUCCAAGGUAGAAGUGAGUCCUGCAGACCUCCUCAGUGCUCUGUCCAAAGUCCAGGGUCAAAGCAGCCUUGAAGGCAUCACCUCUGUUGUGGGCAGCUCAGCUGACUCCUCCAGUACAGGCAAGAUUACUGCCUCUCCUUCAUCCACAGUUUCAUCAGCGGGACCCUCUCAGAGCUUGCCUCACUCCUUUGGCACAUCUGUGCUUCCCCUAUCCAAAUCUACUGCAAGGCAGAGCUCAAGCACCCAAGCAUCCCCCCAGAAUUCCAACCCUGCCUCUGCCCUGGUUCAGGCUCUUCAUAGAGACAUGGAUUUGACAACAGAUCCUGAACCACCCUCUACAAGUUUAGAGUCUAAAAUACACAGCUUCUUGAAGGGAAACCCUGCUUUUAGUUCAUUUGACUUGGUUUUUUCAACAAACCCAGCUCUCGGAAGCAAUAAUCAUAGUCCGGUUACUUGCACAGACACCCAGGAUGGGACACCUGUGCGGGACGAGGGGGGAGGCACGCCUACUCAAGAUGAGAUUAUGGACAAGCCAAUGGUGGUUCCAUUUGCUCCCAAGUUAAGUCAGUCAUCUGUUGAAUCUGCAAUAAUGGCUCCUGUUGCAUAUCAGAAUAGCACACAGCCGAACCCCAACAAUCCUCAACAGCCUGCUCACCUGCAGCCAGGUGUCGCUCAGAAUGGGCAGAUCUACCAGGCGUACCGGUUUGGCAAACAGGAGAUCUCUGAACAUGGGAUUACUGCCCCGGUUGGACAUUACCAGCAGAUUUCUGCACAGACAGGAGGGCCAGUGCCUGGAGAAAGAGCCCCAGGCAGUGCCGGUAACACACAGACUGCUGACAGCUUUCAUGGGCCUAGUGAAAGGAGUUGGUACGGUGACACUUACCCAGAGGGGAGCUCUCAGCAGCCCAGCGGCUAUAAUAUGCCUGGAGGGGCUCAAGAAAACAAGACAUCCGGACUUUAUCCAUACCAAGCUGAGCAAACUCGUGAACCUCAAGAGCUGCUCUCCCAGCAGGGGGGCACCCCAUUGCAUGGUUUCUUUAAAAGCAAUCUUCCUCCUGUCCCAAGGUUACCUCCCCCUCCUCGCGGUUUUGAGGUUUCCGUUUCAUCGGCCAGCAAUUCGAUCAUUCCUCCGGAGCAGCAGCCGAUUCCCGGCACAGACUCUGGGGACGUGCUCGGGGCCAGAACUGAGAGUGUCAUCAGUGGGAUGGUGGUCCAUGAUCAUCAACACAAAUCCCUGUAUCAUCCUGAUGAACAUCUGUAUGACACUGACCAGCAUCGGCCACAUCACCCUGAGGAUUUACAUCACCAGUCAGAUGACCGGCAUUACCAGGGGGACCUCGAGCGGCACCACGAUGAACUCCUCCAGCACGAGCCCCCUUAUUUCCAAGACAAUCCUUAUCACGGCCCAGAUGACCCGUAUUACAGACCAGGCAGCCCUCCACACCACUAUCCCCGAGUUCGAGGCCGCCUCACUCCUCCACUCUCAAACUCAGAGGAGCCUUACUACGCCCACGACUACCCACAUCACAGCCCCCCUGCGCCGCACUACCCUCCUAGGAGACCACCGCCUCAUCACGAAAUCUGUCAUCCCGGUCUACGACCUCCGCAUCGACCUCCUCACCCUGCACAUCACCCACACCCCAGAGGACCUCCUCACCCCCCAUUUCCUCGAUUUCAAGGUCCUGACCUGAGGUUUAGAGGCAAACGUCCAGGUCUAAGACCAGGAGGCCCAAUGUUCCCCCCUAAGAGACCCUUUAUGCCCCCACGGUACUGACUGAGCAUGUAGCCCUGAGACUGCUCACAGUCAAAAGUCUUGGAGGUCAUAAAAGCCUCUUAAAAACUGAAAUGGAGACUGCAGGUGGAUGAAUGUGCAGUUGGGCUGGGGUGGGCACGAUGUGGCAAAGCUGAGCUGAAGAAGAAUUAAUUCAGCAGCUUCCAGAAGAAAAAACUUUAAAUGCAGAAGGAAAAAAGGGUGUGUGGAAGACUGAGGAGAGCCAACACCAAGAGACAUAAAGAACACGGUGCCUCUGAGAGGGUUGCUGAGCUGAAGAGCGAAGACAGAAGAUUAAAGAAGAUAAGAGGUGGAUAUAUAUACAUAUAUAUAUAUAUAAAAUUCACUUUUUGUAUCAUUUCCUCCAAUAUGAAGCACUACGUUAAAUGUAAGCGUGUCAGAGUGCGUGCAUGGUACGUGUGUGUGCAUGCAGUCCAGUCUAAACCAACUAGACACAAAUAGUUCCACACCUUUUUUGAAAGACAGUUAUUUUUGCUAAGACGGUGAGAAAAGAGUGUAGUUGGUGCAGUGUUUCUGCUCUUAUUUAGUUUUUCAGUGAGCAGUUUUGACUGCUUCAGUCCCGUAUCAGCAGGAUCCCAUUAGCGUUUGAAAAAUCGUUAAUUUCAACUUGUCUUUGGGUAUGACAAACAGAGUGUAUGCUAUGGAAUUUGUUUCUUCUACAGUGCACAUUAGCAUAUUUGGCGGAAUUAUUUCUCAUUGUUCCAGCUCCAAAUGUUCUGUGUUUUGUCUUUUUGUUUUUUGUGAAGCAUUGCUUUCCCCACCUAUGCGCAAAAUCCCUUCGGCAAUAAUUUUUACGUCCCGUUUAGGAAGGCGACACAAGUCUAGUGAAAGGGGGGGGGGGGGAUUUUUUUUCCAGCCUCCAACACCGACACAGAAGAAGUGCAUUUCUGGAAGGAGGAUGAAGACAGUCGGCUUCACUUUCGUUUAUUUGUACUGACCAAUAAAAAUCUGAGUUUGAAAAAA